AUGUCUCCGAUGUCUGGUUUCUCAUCGGUCUAUAUUCUGGCCCCCAGAAGCCUAUACGUGCUCCCGUUUGUCGUCUUCACAGCAGCAACCGUCUGCUACUGUGUUGGCUUCAUAGUUUACAACCUCUACUGCCAUCCCUUGGCCAGGUUUCCGGGACCUUUAUUGGCUCGGUCGACAUUGCUAUGGCGAAUGCAAAAGACCUUGCAAGGUAGAGUCCACCGAUCAAUAGAGGAUGGGCACCAGAGAUACGGCCCUGUGUUUAGAGUCUCUCCCAACGAGCUCUCGUUUGCCUCCGUGUCCUCAUGGAAGUCAAUAUACGGCCACCGGGCCGGGGGCAUGCAACCUACGAAGAGCGAGUUCUACGAUAUGUACGGGUCAGGAUUCGACUCGCUCUGCGUUGGCAGCGAGAGAAUCCCCGAGAAGCACCGGCAGAUGAAGUCGUUUCUCUCCGCCGCAUUUUCCACGAAGGCACUCUUGGAGCAGGAGCCGCUCGUCUCUCAGACCAUAGAUGCCUUCAUCACACGGCUUGGCCAGGACGGAGGUCCCGAGACGAACGGCUUGAACAUGACUAAAUGGACAGAGAUGGUAGCAUUUGAUAUCCUCGGAGAAAUGGCCUUUGGGCAAUCCUUCGAGUGCAUCGCACGCGGCGAGCCGCACUACUGGCAGGAGAUGAUCCUCAACCACCUCUACUUCGUCACCGUGGCGGACAACCUGCGGCGCCUGCCAUUCGCCCUUACCGUGGCACGAUUCCUGGCUCCGAUCCUGACCCGCGUGCGGAACAAGCACUCGCAGUUCACCCGGGACAAGGUUGCCGAGCGCAUGGCCAACAGCAACAACGGCCGGAAGGACUUCAUGUCCAACCUGAUUUCUGAAGUCGAGUCUGGCAAGGUGGACCGCGAGGAGAUGACCGCGCACGCAUCAACGCUCAUCAUCGCUGGCGGCGAGACCGUCGCGACGUUCCUGGCAGCUACGCUGUACUACCUGCUCAAGACUCCAGAGGCAUACACCGCCAUGCGGGCAGAGAUCCGGAACCGCUUCCCGACCUACGAGUCGAUCAACGCCACCUCGGCCCAGCAGCUGCCCUAUCUGCAGGCGGUCAUCCACGAGGGCCUGAGAAUCUACCCCCCGGGCUCUCAGGGGUUCCCGCGGCUGUCCCCCGGCUUCGCCGUCGAUGGCGAAUGGAUCCCUCGGGGUACCGAGAUCUACACCAGUGCCUGGACAGUGACACACAACCCCCAGAUCUUCCGCGACCCGAUGAAGUUCGAUCCGCGCAGGUGGAUGAUGAGCAGCGAGAAAGCCACCGCCCUGAAAGAGGCAUCGCAGCCCUUCAGCUUGGGUCCGCGGGGAUGUCUGGGACGAAAUUUUGCGCUCAUGGAACUGAAUCUGAUCCUCGCGAAGAUGGGCUGGAAGUACGAUCUGGAGCUGAUGGAUCCCGAGCUGGACUGGGAGGGAGAGAGUAAGGUGUAUGUCAUGUGGGACAAGCCUGCCCUGCCGGUCAGGUUUCACUUGGCUGAAGGUGGUGCAGUGAAGGCGUAG